AUGAUAGGGAAUCUUAUGAGUUAGGAAAGCUUUCCAAAUCAAAUAUUAUAAUAAUAAAUUUAAUUAUAGAAUGUCUAUAGAAGUUUUGAUGGAGCAGAUUCAAGAAUUAGAAUGGAUCAUUUUUUUAAAGUGCAAUCAUAGUUUAUCAAAUGCUUAAAUAAUCUUAUACGUCAUUAAAAUAAUAAGAAAAAAUCGAGCAUAUUAGUGUUGCCAUAUUAGGGGACUCAUUUAUAUGUUCACUUUAAAGAUGAAAUAAAUCUUAAAAAAGCAAAAGUGUUCGAAUCCACUGAUAGUACUUUUGGGCAAUUCUCUUUCUUAAAUCCUCAGAUGCCAUUUCUUCCUUUUUCGGCUUACUAAACUAUAGCUCCUCAUUAUUCGUAAGAAUUCGCAAUUUAGAGAAUGAAUCCUAUUAUGCAGAGUUAAGACAGAUUUAUAGGUUAGUCCAAAUAAGUCAACCAAUAAACUAAUCAUUUCAAAGUGAAAGACAAAUUUAUAGUAUUUUCUGGAAAACCAGAAGAAUCACAAUCAAUUCAUUCGGAUGAAUAAGAUGAAGAUGACAAGUAGUCAGAUCACUCAUUCUCAAUCAAAAAAAAGAAGAAAAUCAGUAAGGUAAAUGAUACUAAAAAUAUUACCAAAAACUUUUCGAAGGCCAUCAUCAGUUACAUCACUCAAAACAAAGAUAUCGGGUUGAAGCUAUUGGACCCAAGGGAAUUUGAAGACUUUUUAUAAAUAUUGAAAGAGAAAAAAAACAAGAUGACAAACAUCCAAUAAUUAAGAGAAUUGUGGGUUGAUUGUGAGGAUGAAAAAUUAAAAUCAUUUAAUAAAACAUUUAGAAUUUUCAGUUAAUACUUUUUAAGGUAACAAUCAGUGGCAUACAUCUAUAAUUCUCGAAUCAUGAACACAGGAUGGCACUUAAAAUAUAGAUAUAAUUUGCUUCGAGCACUAAGAGAACCCCAAAACUUCAAAUACAUUAAAGAUAUUUGA